AUUGAAGAGUCGGCACUUUAUAAUGAUGGACCAUGGAGAUUAUUUAUUAAUUAUUUCAUAAUAGAAAUUACAAGUAGUUUUCAUUUUUGUGAUAAUGUUGCCUGGUUGUUAAAAAAAAUAAUAAUAAUAAAAGAAAAAAACUUUAGUAAAUAGAAACAGAAGGCUUCUUUAACAUAAUUCAUGUUUCAUAGAAGAGAAGCAUUCAGGAAGUUGGAAAAGAUGAUUUUUUGCAGAUGCCACUUACGUAUUAAGGGGGUGAAGUGAGUACAUCGUUAAAAAAGCAAGAAGUGCUGUUUCUUCCACUGUUUCUACUUCUCUUUCAAAAGCGAAUAAUUUUCAAAUACUGCUGCUAACUAUGUCCCUGAGCUUAGGAACCUCAACACCCAUUCCUAAACCAAACUCAUCUACCACAUGGAUGAGUUAACAUAGUCCUCCUAAAAAAGGUUUACGUUAUUCUCAUGUUUCUCUGAAAAAUAAUUCAUUUUUUAUUUUUCUCACUUUCCUUCAAUUACUGCUUCUUCCUUCCCCCUUCUGAAUCUGUAUGUGACUUUUCUCUUCCCUCUCAGUAUGAACUACUAAUAUCAUUUCAGUAUUCCCCUCUGUCAAUGGCGUAUUUCCUCCCCUCCAUAAUUUGGUCACCAUGAAUGAAUGAGGUAAAGGCAAAUCAAAGAGUAAUGCUGAGAGUGCACCAGGCCAGGUAGGAAGCUGCCACUGGAUGAAUAUAGAAGCCUAACUAUUCAUGUUAUACCUUUGUUUACCACAGCCAUGACAGACUCCAACAAGGUGAUCAUCAACUUGGCCCUCUUAGGUGUGACUCAAAGUGGAAAAAGUUCUGCUGGAAACACUCUGCUGGGAAGCAAUGACUUCCACAGUAGCUUUGCUCCAUGUUCCGUGACUAAAGGUUGUAGCCUGGGCCGCAGCUGUCACCUCCACAGCUUCAUGCGCCGAAGGGGUCAUGAGAUAACCCUGCAGGUCAGGGUGCUGGACACUCCAGGCUAUCCACACAGCCACCUGAGCAAGAAACAUGUGAAAAAGGAGAUCAAGAAGGCCCUGGCACAUCACUUUGGGCAAGAUGGUCUCCACCUUGCACUGCUGGUGCAGAGAGCAGACAUGCCUUUCUGUGGACAGGAAGCAUCUUCCCCAAUCCGUAUGAUCCAGAAACUUCUGGAACAUGCUUGGAGGAAUUAUACUGCCAUUCUUUUCACCCAUGCAGAAAAAAUAGAAGAAUGUGGGCUCUGUGAAGAAUCAUACAUCCAGAAGGCCCCUGAUACACUGUUAACCCUAGUAAAUUCUAUUCGUCACAGAUGUGUUUUCCAGUAUAAAAAAGGAAGCUCGCUUAAUGAACAAAGAAUACCAAUCUUAGAAAGAAUUAUGGAAUUCAUAAAAGAAAAUCGUUACCAAGGUCUUACGUUUAAAUAAAAUUUAGGUGAAAGGAAAAAAAGUAUUGGGUUUUGGAGUCAGAAAUCUGGUUUCAAAAACUGUCUGUCCUAGCAUGGAUGUGUACAGUCAGAACUCCCACACACUGUUGAUGAGACUAUGUUAGAAAAACCACUUUGGAAAACUGUUUGGCCAUUAUCUACUAAUGCAAACCUGAUGACAGAGCAAUUCCAUCCCUAGGUGUAUCUCUGGCAGAAAUGUGUACAUUUGUGCACUAAAAGACAUGUAAAAAAAUGUUCAUGGCAGGACAAAUAUUGUAUGAGACCACAACUGUAAAAACUCAUGAAAAGGUUUACACACAAAAAGAAACAAUCUUUGAUGGUUACAAGGGAGGGGAGGGGUAGGGAUGAAAAAAACACUAGACAAUAGAUAACCUUGGCGAAGGGUAAGACAGUACACAAUACCGAGGAAGGCAGCACAACUUGUACAAGCCAAGGUCGUGGAAGCUCCAUAGACACAUCCAAACUCCCUGAAAGACCGAAUUGCUGGGCUGAGGGCUGUACGGACCAUGGCCUCCGGGAACAUCUAGCUCAAUUGUCAUAACAUAGUUUAUAAAGAAAAUGUUCUACAUUCUACUUUGGUGAAUAGUGUGUGCGUUCUUAAAAGCCUAUGAGCAGCCAUCUAAGAUACUCCACUGGUCUCAUCCCUUCGGAAGCAAGGGAGAAUGAAGAAAACUAAAGAUACAAAGGAAAGAUUAGUUCAAAAGACUAAUGGGCCACAUCUACCACGGCCUC